AUGAUCGCGACCAACAUGAUCAAGGAUGUGCGAGUCCCUCUCAAGUCGGGUGGAGCAACUACAUGUCGAGGAUGUCAACAAGGGAAAAUGGUCCAAAAACCAUUUCCAAGCAACCGAGACAAGCGCAGCUACGAUACGUUUGAGCUACUUCAUCUGGACACCUGCGGGCCCAUGGAAAAGGAUUCGCUCGGUGGCAGCAAAUAUUUGCUGCUGAUCAUCGACGAAGCCAGUGGAUGCAUGAAGGGCUUUUGUCUACGAGUGAAGUCCGAGAGUGAAGACUACAUCCGGAAAUAUAUCACGAUGGUGCAGACGCAGUUCGGCAAGAAGGUCAAGUUUGUGCGCCAAGACGGAGCUCGCGAGUUUGCAACCAGGUCGCUGUGA